AUGACUGACGCCGGCCUGCCCGCAAACUGGGAGGUCCGCCACUCCAACUCCAAGAACCUCCCCUACUACUUCAAUUCGGCCGACAAGGUCUCGCGAUGGGAGCCCCCAGCCGGCACCGAUACCGAGAAGCUCAAGCACUACAUGGCCACCCACCACAGCGCAGGCACCCGUGCCGGCGGCGCCGCGCCUGGGGCGUCCGAGGGCAAGAUCCGCGCUGCGCACCUGCUCGUCAAGCACAAGGACUCGAGGCGGCCGAGCAGCUGGCGCGAAGCUGAAAUCACGCGCACAAAGGAGGAGGCCAUGAAGAUCAUCCAGGCACACGAGGACAAGAUCAAGAACGGGGGCAUGCCGUUAGGCAGCCUCGCCACAACCGAGUCGGAUUGCUCGUCGGCGCGCAAGGGCGGCGACCUGGGCUAUUUUGGCAAGGGCGAGAUGCAGAUGGAGUUUGAGGAGGCAGCGUUCGGCCUCAAGCCCGGCGAGAUGAGCUCGGUCGUCGAGACCGCCAGUGGGCUGCACUUGAUUGAAAGGUUUGUCGCCGCCCAUGUCACUCUGUGA